UCCUCUUCCGUCUGCCGGAGGGCGAGCGCGCAGGGCCGAGACUGGCUGGAGCGAGUCGCUGGAAAGUCCGGCGUGACUCGGGGGAAGGAGCGGGGAAUGGCCAGGGCGAGGAGCCGGCGGGGCGCGGGGCCGGCGCUGGCCGCGGGUGCGCUGCUGGCGGCGGUCGGCCUGGCCGCCGCGCUGGACAACGGGCUGGCGCGGACGCCGCCCAUGGGCUGGCUGCACUGGGAGCGCUUCCUCUGCCAGACGGACUGCGAGCGGGAGCCCCGCCAGUGCAUCAGUGAACAGCUCUUCAGGCAGAUGGCUGACCGGAUGGCUAUGGACGGAUGGAAGGAUGUUGGGUACCGUUUCCUGUGCAUCGAUGACUGCUGGAUGGCUCCCACCCGUGAUAAACAGGGCAGGCUGCAGCCAGACCCCAAACGCUUCCCCAGCGGGAUUCAAAGCCUCGCAGACUAUGUCCACUCCAAAGGGCUGAAGCUGGGUAUUUAUGCAGACAUUGGGAACAGGACGUGUGCUGGGUUUCCCGGCAGCUACGGCCACUACAAACUGGACGCAGAGACCUUUGCCAGCUGGGGGGUGGAUCUGCUGAAGUUCGAUGGCUGUGACUUUGGGACUCUGGACCAGAUGGCAGAAGGUUAUAAGAAAAUGUCUUGGGCUUUGAAUAAAACUGGCAGAAGUAUUGUAUAUUCAUGUGAAUGGCCACUUUACCAGAGACGCUUUCAAGAGGUCAACUACACAGAAAUUAAGCAAUACUGUAAUUACUGGAGGAAUUAUGCCGACAUCUCUGAUGCCUGGACCAGCAUCAAGAAUAUUUUAGACUGGACCUCUCAGGACCAGGACAGUCUCGUCGACGUAGCUGGGCCGGGCGGCUGGAACGACCCAGACAUGCUGGUGAUUGGAAAUUUUGGCCUGAGCUGGGACCAGCAAGUCACACAGAUGGCCCUGUGGGCUAUUAUGGCAGCCCCCUUGCUCAUGUCCAACGACCUGCGUCAAAUUAGCUCAAAAGCCAAGGGUCUCCUCCAGAACAAGGAAGUGAUCGCGAUCAACCAGGAUCCCCUGGGCAAGCAGGGCUACAAAAUUAGAGAGGGCAGGAACUUCGAGUUGUGGGAACGCCCGCUCUCUAAUGGAGCUUUUGCCGUAGCUGUGCUAAACCGGCAGGAGAUGGGCGGCCCAGAGGCCUAUGUCCUUGCUACCAUGAUCAUUGGCAAUGGCUUAGCUUGUAACCCCACUUGUUCGAUCCAGCAAAUUCUUCCUACCAGGAAAGAUCUGGGGCUACACAACUGGGUUUCAUUGUUGAAGGUGGUGGUGAACCCAACUGGUACCGUGUUGCUGAAGACAGUGGUGAACACAGACAAACUUUUUAUUGGCAAUGGAAAAAACUGCCCAAAAGACCUCUUAUGACAGGGUUUUCCCCUCGUAAAUUCUUUCAAGAGGUUCUAAGACAAAGCCUAAGAAACCCUCCAAAAGAAAUCAAGGGAGUCUCCUUCACUCAAGAAGCUGAUCAAGAAAGGAUGAGGUGACCUUUGCUGAAUCCUUUGCUGAUUUUAAGUCUGAAGGUGACAAAAUUUGCCUUUCUUUCUGGAGGUGCAGCUGGAGACAAAAUUAGACUCACUGGCUCUGUUUGUCAAACUUUCAGUCUGUCAUUCAAACACAACUGUUGUGGCACAACAGCAGCCUGUUUUCUUGUGCUGUUGAUUUUUGAGGACACAAAAAAAUGACUUCGGUUGGGUAUACUCAGUCACUUGUCAACAAUCACUGGAUCAAAAUUAGGUGUGGGUAAGGAUGCAAUGAAGCGUUGUGUGGCAUAGAGUGGUAGGUGGCAGUACUGCAGCCGAAACACUCCCCACGAACCGAGUUUGAUCCCAGCAGAAGCUGGAUUCUCUCCCAGGUAGCUGGCUCAGGUCGACUCAGCCUUCUACCCUUCCGGAGGUCGGUAAAAUGAGUACCCAGCUUGCUGGGGAAGGUGAUGACUGGGAAAGGCAAUGGUAAACCACCCAGCUAUAAUCUGCCAAGAAAACAUCGCAAAAGCGGUUUCCCCCCCAAAGAGUCAGAUGUGACUCGGUGCUUGCACAGGGGAUCUUUCACCUUACCAAGGAUGCAAUAGUUUUACAGGCAGGUCUGUGCAAUAACAGAAGGAAUUCUUACUAAGGAGGAUUUGGGUGCACUUUGCUACUCCCAAAAUCCAACAGCUAGAUUAAAAAAGUAUUAUGUAACUCAGAGCUACUUUUGGCUUUUUGAGUUACAGAAAUCUACCCUACAUUGGGACCAGAGUAGAAACCAAGAUUGGAACCUUUGCACUGCAUCAGAAUGGCACCAUCUCUAAUUUGACCUUGAGAAUCCCAGCCCUUAAUCAUGUUCUGAACCUGAAGUUUGCUGUUCAUUAAAAUGCUUUUCCCCCCCAAGAUUCCCCCUCCAUGGUUUGAAUAAAUCUUUUUUGCCUCUUUA